AUGUUGUCGAUUGGGGCUCUAAGUCUUGGAUCCACCUCCUGUCAACCCUACUCCAUCUACUAUGACUACCAGGCCCAGCCCAGGGCAUGGGCAGGUUGGGCAAUGGCCGAGGGCAUCAUUCCUGAGGAGCUACAAGAACUACAUUUAGCUUUGGAAGAAGCUAAAGUGGACAUUGUUGGUCUGUGGGCCCUAAAAUUUCUUAUAGAUAAGGAUGAGCUUCCAAAGCGCCUGGUCAAGUCAAUGUACGUGUCUUACCUUGCAGGUUGCUUCCGGUCUGUACGUUUCGGGUUAGAGGAAGCUCAUGGAAAAGGUCAACUACAGUUCAACUGGUUAUUUGAGAAAGGGGGAUUUGUUUUACAUCCUGAUGAAACAUUUUCUGUUGACUUUGAUAAGGUUCAAGUGUUGAACACAAUCUCCAUGUUGAUUGCCUAUGUUGGUGACAUCAUCUUAUACGCCUUUGAAUUGGUUCAAUUUUUUCAAAAGUUGCACUUGGGUACAAGUCCCCUAUGUGAAUACAAUGUUCUUCUCCAUGUUCUAGUUAGUGGGCUUCAUGUUAAUAGCUCAGAUGAACUUCUUGAAGACAUUAUGCAGUUGAGGAUCAUAAUCAAACCCAAGCCUUGUGUUGGUGUAAGGCCUUUAUGUAAUGCACAACAGGUAAAGUUGAUGGAAGAAAGGAAUAUGAAGCCACUUGAUUCAAAUCUUGCAGCAUUAAAGAUGCAGUAA